AAAAUUAAUUACAUCAGCAUGAGUAUAUAUAUAAAUGUGUGACUGACUUUUGUAUAUAAUAAACACUCAUCCCAUGAACCUAUUAAGGUAGAUAAAAGAUAGAGAUAGAGAGAGAGAGGCCAUGGGAAGACCUCCUUGCUGUGAAAAGAUAGGAAUCAAGAAAGGUCCAUGGACCCCUGAAGAAGACAUCAUCCUUGUUUCUUACAUUCAAGAACAUGGCCCUGGAAAUUGGAGAUCAGUUCCUACUAAUACUGGAUUAUCGAGAUGCAGUAAGAGUUGCAGACUCAGAUGGACAAAUUACUUAAGACCCGGAAUUAGAAGAGGCAACUUCACCCCUCAUGAAGAAGGAAUGAUAAUUCACUUGCAAUCUUUACUUGGUAACAAGUGGGCAGCAAUAGCUUCUUAUCUUCCGCAAAGAACAGAUAACGAUAUAAAGAAUUAUUGGAAUACCCAUUUGAAAAAGAAGCUCACAACAAUGAACAACAAGUCCCAAAUUACACCUUUGGAUCAACAAAUGGGAUCCGACCCGGAUCACUAUCCAUUUUCUUCUACAACAUUCUUCAAUCAUGACAAAAUGAGUUCAUCAUCAUCAAUUAAUAUUGGUUCUAAUAUUUCAACAUAUGCAUCUAGCACCGAGAACAUAUCGCGCCUUCUCGAAGGCUGGAUGAAGUCAUCUUCAUCGUCGUCGUCUCCAAAGGUUACUAAUAAUAAUAAUAAUAAUUUGGAAUCUUCUCAUGAUCAUGAUCAUGAUCAUGAUCAUAAUCAUAAUCCUCCUCCUUUGAAGUUCUUUGAGAAUUGGCUAUUGGGUGGUAAUGGUGAUGAACAAGUGGAGGAAGAUGAAGAAGAAGAUAUAUUAGACUUGCCUUCCAUGUUUCAAUAAGGUAAAAAUUGUAAUUUGAUCCUUAGACUUCUCAUUAUUUCAAUAAUUUGAUCCCUAAAAAUGCUGGGACCAACAAAAGUGUACUUAAUUUUUAACCUUUGGGACUUAGUUGUAUUAUGAUUUAUUUUAUGAGAAAUUAAAGGAAAAUAUUUAUAAUUUUCAUAAAUGAUUUGUUUGACAUUUAUGUAAUAUUAAUUGUGGUCCUCCUAUUUAUUAUUAUUAUCUUGAUCACGUGACACAUUUACCCUUUGGGCUUGUUUGAU